AUGUCUGGCUUUAAUUCGGGACCAGCAGGCACUUCGGUUCUGCCUGGAGAGCUUAGUAGUGCAAAAAUUCGUGAGCUCAUGGAGAACGCUCAGCGAACAAUUGCAGAAAGAAAACAAUCCUUGGGCUUGGAAGGGAUUCCGGCCAAACCUCAACUGAUACCACAAGGCCUUAUUGCAGAUCCGGAAACCGCAGAGCGGGCUCGAAGAGCUGCUGAACUUCAGGCUCGGAUCGCUUCAAGGUUUGAUUCCAUUGUGAAAAGGACUGAACCAUCCCCAACGCAACCGGAAGAUCCGGUCAGAAAAGAACGUGAACAGAUGAGGAACCUUAUAUUCGAUGAACAUGGUAAAACGAUAGAUGCUGUAACCGGUGAAGAAAUACGAAUACCUCAGCGGACGCCGACUCUUCGGGCAAACGUGAGGGCUCAGAAAUCUCAAACCAUCAAAGAGGCUUCCGAGGGGGCGAGUACUAAAAACUCAUUGAGAGCGUUGGCCGCUAGUCGUUACUUUGACCCUCGACUUAGUCUAAAGGGUACUGCAAGGCCGAAGAGGGCUCUCUCUUUCUAUGAGCCUGGGAAGUUUAUUAAAAUUGGUCAACGCCUGCGAACAAAAGCCCAGCUGGAAAAGUUGCAGGAGUCUGUUGCUCAAGCGGCUAAGCGUACCGGCAUCGCGAGUGCUGCUAAGCUAGCCACCAUCCAGCCCAAGCGACAUGUUGAUGAAACUUCUGUUCCUGAUUUGGAAUGGUGGGACGCAUAUAUCCUGAAAGAUGGUAUAACGGACUAUGGGGAUCCGGGCGACAGUGAUGUUGGGAGGCUCAUUAAUGAAUCUUGGAUCACCGAUUUGAUCGAGCACCCAAUCAAAAUUAGGGCUCCAACAGACCUGAAUAAGCCUCCUGAAAUCCCGCUUUUGUUGACUAAGAAGGAGCGCAAAAAACUGCGUCGGCAGAAUCGACAAGAAGCACAAAAGGAGCGCCAGGAGCGAGUCCGUCUGGGUCUUGAAAAGCCACCGGAGCCUAAGGUUAAAUUGGCCAACUUAAUGCGAGUAUUGGGCACAGAGGCUGUACAGGAUCCUAGCAAAGUAGAGGCCUACGUUCGUAAGCAAAUGGAGUCUCGGAAGAAGGCUCACGAAGCUGCAAAUGCCUCUAGGAAGUUGACAAAAGAGCAGGCUAGGUUCAAACGCAUUCGAAAGAUUCGCGAGGAUACCUCUGUUCGGACAUAUGUCGCUGUUUACAGAGUUCGGGACCUUACGAAUCCCGCCCACCGCUUCAAAGUGGAGACGAAUGCCAAUCAGCUUUUCAUGACUGGUCUUGUGGCGAUGCACAGCGACUGUAAUGUGAUUAUAGUUGAGGGCGGUCCGAAACAGCAGCGUCGAUUCAAGCGUCUCAUGUUGCAUCGAAUAAAGUGGCUGGAAAACAAACGCGGUGUUGUCGACUCAGAAGUUUCCAAUUCUGUUGGCGUUCCAUGUACGCUUGUGUGGGAGGGUACUGUCAAGCAACGCGCCUUCGAGAAUAUGCAGGUAAAGGUCUGUCCUACGGAACUUUUUGCACGUGAGCUUUUCCGAAAGCGCGAUGUGGAACACUACUGGGACAUGGCUUACAGCGGUGCCGUAAUGGAAUCUGUUGGGGAUACUGGGGAUUAG